AUGAGGGUUUUACUUUCAUUACUGUUGAUAUGUGCAUCAGUUGACGCUUACAAAUACUUGGUUUACAACCCAAAGUUUGGUGGAAGUCAUGCUAUGUUGGUUGGUAAAGUGGCUGACGAAAUUGCUUAUGGUGGUCAUGAUGUGGUGGGUUUUUUUAAUUGUUUUUGAGGAUUGGGGUUUAAAUGGCACUAUAUAGACAUGGCUUUUGAAAUUUUAAAAAAUUUUUUGUUUUUACAUUGUUAGGUCAAAAAACCAAUAGAAUUUUAAUUUUUUUUGAAGGUUCAAAAAUUUCAAAAAAAUUUUUUUUGCUAAUAAUUAAAAAAAGUGUAUUUCCAGACCGUCCUCCAACUUAACAUCAACCCUCAAGUCACCAAACCAGGCCAUACGCACAAAGACAUCAAGUUGGUUACCCGGGAAUUCCCAAACAAAUGGACUGACGCGCCCAAAAACUUUUGGGUGGCCGAGUUUAGCGGUGUUAUGAAUACUCUUAAUGUAAGUUACUGAGCUUAAAACUCUAUCCAUGUUAGUUAAAAAGCUUUUAUUAAACUUAUUAUAGCCAACUUAGCAGUAGCAAGUAGGAAGUUUAAGAAAAUUUUGAAAAAGUCCGUUUGGUUCCCAAGCGGAGUCGAACUUUUUUUUGAUUUUUGACUUUUUUCGUUUGACGUAGCUCUGCCAUUCUUUAUGAUAUGUAUAUGAUAUGCUAUGCUAUGAAAGUAAUCUAGUUUUUAUGCGAUUUAAACCUGUUAUUAAAAAUUUUUAAAAUUCUUUUUUAUUACCUAAAAAUCAAGGUUUUAGUAACGGUAUGCCGACUUCAAAAAAUAAGCGCUUUUUCGAUAAAUCAAUAUUUUUUUCGAUUUUUUAGGUAACAAAAUAACUUCAUAAUGACAUUUUUUAUAAACCGUGUCUCAUUCUUCGUCAUUAGAUAACUUUUAACUGUCAUAUUCUUAACUUAAAUUUAAAAAAUAUAAGUUCAGCGAAUUCAGAUGAUGAAAAUGGUCGGAAAAAAAUUCCGUCAAGCCUGUGAAUUCCAACUUAACGACGAAGAGCUGCUACAACAACUGCGAAACGAAGAAUUUGAUGUAGGAGUGACAGAAUCCUUUGACGUUUGUGGCUAUGGCAUUUUCGCUAAGAUUGGCCUAAACAAAACGAUCACAAUCUCUGGAUCAUCCAUGUUUCUCGGACAGUCAGCCAAUUUGGGCAUUCCUAGUAUGACAAGUUUUGUGCCGGACAUUUUUGGGACCAAAGUGACUGGCUUUAUUGACAGACUAAAGAAUUGGUUCACUUAUGUGAUGGGAGUACAUCUGGUCAUGCCGGCUUUUAAUGGAGAAAUUGGUAAAGCUUUUCAUCUUGUCCCAGGCUAUCCUGACUAUAUGGUAAGUAACCCUACCCUACCCUACCCUUUUUAAAAAACCUCAUAGCCUGAAUCUAGCCCUUGUCCCAGUACUCUCAUAUUUACUAUAGUCCCUAGCCUUACUCCACCCCAGUCGAAGCGUUAGCUCCCGCUGUAACAUUUACUAUAGCCUCUGUCAUGACCCUUACUCUACCCUUGCCUACCCUAUUUUUUUUUAUUCUACCUUUUACUAUCCUAAACCUAACGUGUCUCGUAUUUUACAAAUCGUUUUUUCAGGAACUAAUAGCCAGAACCUCAUUUGUCCUAGUGAACGCGGAUGAAUUCGUCGACUAUCCUCGCCCAAUCUCUCACAAAUACCUUAACGUAGCCGGCUAUGGAAUGCGUCGUGCCAUGUCCAAAAUUGGCAGUCUAGACAAGGAAUUCGCUGACAUUUUUGACAAAGCCACCAAAGGUGUCAUCUACGUAUCGUUCGGCUCAAUGAUUAAAAGUGCUGACAUGCCAUUGGACAUUCGUCAGGCCUUCAUCGAAGCCUUUGCCUCAUUCCCUGAGGUUCAAUUCAUUUGGAAGUACGAAAACGCUUCUCAUAAUGUAGCUGAAGGCUACAGUAACAUUCAUACCGGCAAUUGGUUGCCACAACGUGAGAUUUUGGUACAUCCAAAAACGUUGGCGUUCCUUACUCACGCCGGUAUGAAUUCGGUUACUGAGGCCACUUACUCCGGUGUACCUAUGGUAUGUUUGCCGUUGUUUGCGGAACAACCAAGGAAUGCUGAUAUGAUUGUAAAGAAAGGAGUGGCGGUGAGGUUGAAUAAGCAGUCAUUGACCAAGGAAGAGAUUCAGAAGGCUUUGAAGGAAAUUAUUGAGAAUGAAACGUAAGAUUUUGUUUCCAAUUAUUGGUUUAACAAAGUUAGACUUUUAAAAAAGCCGGGCCCGAUUUUUGAGAAGAUAUGACCACAUAUAAAAAGAUAAGACCAGUUCUAUGAUGUUAGGACCAAUUCUGUAAACAUGAGACCAUUUCUAAUAAGAUAAACCCAUUUCUAAUAAGGUGGGGCCAUUUCUAUUUAUAAAGACUAUUUCUAAAAAGUUGCCAGCCCUAAAAAGAUAAGACCAAUUCUAUAAAGAUGGAACCAUUUCGAAAAAGAUAGCACCAGUUCUGAGAAAAUUAGACCAUUUAUAAAACGUUGAGACUACUUCUAAUAAAAUGGGGCCAUUUCUAAAAAAUGAAACGCUUUUCGAGAAGAUGCGACCAUUUUUAAAAAGAUAAGACCAUUUCCAAUAAGAUGAGACCAUAUCUAAUAAGGCGGGGCCAUUUUUAAAAAGAUGGUACUAUUUCUAAAAAGAUGAGACAAUUUUUAAAAAAGCUUGGGUCAUUUCUAAAAAGACAAGCCCAGUUAUAAGAAUGUAUUUAAAACAAGUUCUAAAGUAAAAGGAACCUAUUUCUAUAACAACAAAACGAUUUCUCAGUAGAUGGGACUAUAUCUAAAAACAUGAGAACAUUUGUAAGAAAGGAACUAUUUUUUACUUUACUUACUUUACUUGAGAAAUCAAAAAUAACUAUGACGUAUUUUACAAUUCCUUAAAAUUUUAGGUACAAACAAAAGUCCCAGACCCUAGCCAAGCUUUUGAGAAACAAGUUCCAAACGCCAGAAGAAAAAAUAGUCAAAGCCUGUGAACUGGCAGCUGAGUUCGACAUUCACAAGCAUCUAGACAUGCCAGGAAGAACACUAAACACGCUACAGUUCUACAAUGUUGACGUUAUCGCGUUUAUCAUUACCUCAGUUGUAUUAGUACUAGCUAUCGUAUUUGGACUGGUACGCUUUUUGCUCAGAAAAAUCUCAGGCUUUGUGUUUGGCAAGGCCAAGACUGAAUAA